CCUCAUUGAACUUUAACGGUACUCCAUAACAUAAUCAAAAUCUCCUUCAAAAGAAAAAAACAGAGGCAUGAAUGGGCGAAGGCGACGAUUCAUCGCAGCAACUUCAUCAAUGGGCGAUUUCCGUAUUAAGUUCUCUCGAAUCGUAUCUCAUCACCAACAACUCAAACUCGCUUUCAAUCAACUCGAUACUCACAUCCGUACUGGCUUACAAGAAGUACGCUGCGGAUGUGUUUGAAUCGUUAGCGAAUCCGUUGAUGAAGCUUGUUGGAUUGAAGACUGUUGAAAUGGCUGAACAAGGAAAAUAUACUACUGUUGUGAUUGAUUAUCCUACUCAUUUUUAUGCCAAUGACUGCAAGAGAAACGAGAAUAGAGCUGAAACGAGGGUGAGAAAGGAGGCUAGUGAAAUUGAGGAAGAAGGCUAUAUGACUAGAGCCAAAACAGUUGGCAAAGAGCUAAUUCAGAAACAAGAGAUGCAGCUAAGGCAGUUGAUCCAUCUGCUAAGACAAGUUGAAUCCCAAGUAAAUACAAGCCAAACCAACAUUCUUCAGACCCUUAGUGACCAUCAAACUUCCAUACAUAGUGUUUUCAAGAAAGCUGUUGCAUAUGUUUCUGCCAUUCACCAAAGAGGCGAAAAUAAUGGCACUUCUUUGAUCACAAUUCAACUUUUGAAACACAUAUUUCGUCUUGUUAUUACUACACUGAGCUCGGUAGAGUGUAGAGUGGACACCCUAGUGGAUGAGCUAGCUACAAGAAUGUAUAGGCCAAUGGUCGACUAUGUCAAGGGUCUUAAGCUCGAAGUCACAUCAGGAAGAUGCCAUCGCCUACUGAACAUAGUGGAAGAGAUGGGAGGAGCAAUGAGAACAGGGAGGACGGAGUUGGAGGAAGCAAGGAAGAAGGCAAGACUAGCAGAACAUAAUAGACGUGAGGCGCUGUACAAGCUGAAGGAAUCAGAAGAAUUGGCAAGGAAAUAUCAGGGAUUCAAGAAUGGAUCAAAGGAACAAUUUGAGCAAGAGAAGCUUGCAGUGAAGGACCAGGAUCAUGCUAAAGAGGACAGCCUACUGUGGGAUCUACUAAAGAAGAAGAGAAAAUUAGGCAUGGGAAAUGGCAGCAGUAAACCGUGUGGCCUUCCACUGAGCCAGUUGAAAGAGCUAGGUCCACAAACCCCACGUUUGGCUCCCUCCUCUUCACCUACGUACAGUUCAAAUGGGCAUCGUUUGUUACCCAUGAUCCCCCUGGGUACCUCGCCUUCAGUGACAUAUCCGCAACACAGACCUCAGAAGAAGAUCAAAUCCGGAUUUCAUACUUAAAAUUUUAGCAUAUGUAAAGCAGGACACUUGCUAAUAGGGGACUUGGAGCAGUUCGCCUAUUGCUUGCUUUAGGUAACUAUACUUCGAUUACCUUUUAACUUUUACUUGCAAGGUGCUUCAGUGGUUUGCCAUUUUUGCAUUCUGUUAUUCUUCCAUGUUGACAGUGUAUAAAGUAAACUUUAGUGCGCAGUCACUGAUUAAAUUUUCCAAACCAUGA